AUCAAUGGUAAGCCAUCCCGGCUUUACGGUUUUGAAGGUCACUUUGUCUGCAGUAUGUGAUUGCCGUUGCAAAAUGUGGUGAGGAAUAUCCAUAUCUCAAGUCUGAGGUUCUUGUUUGAGGAUUCGGGGAAAGUGUUUUAACAGGCAUGUCAUCGAGGUCCUUGUUCUGGUGGUGCAAUCCUGUAUGCAGCAGGCAAUUCUCCGGCCGUUUUCCUGUUGCUUGCUGUCGAUUGGCCUUAAGGCAAGAACAUACCCAGAGGAUGAUUGCAAGGGGAUGGAGAUGGGAGGAAAGUGAAGCUUUUGAGGAGAGUUUCAGCGAUGCCGUGGACAUGUUCAACAAGAGGGAUUAUUACAAGUGCCACGACAUAUUUGAGGCGCUCUGGAAUGACGCAGAGGAACCUCAGCGAACUCUUCUUCAUGCUUUGCUGCAAUCUUCGGUUGGACUCUACCAUCUUCUCAACCAGAACUAUAGAGGUGCUAUGGUAGAAUUAGGAGAGGGAGUAUCAAAGUUUGGCAAGCUAAAGCUGAAGAAGGGACCAUUCUACGAAUUUGACAAGGAAAUGAGAGCUGUCUUGGACUUUUUGUACAAUACUCAACUGGAGAACGCAGCUUGCAAUGAUGAUUUUUGUAUUACGAUGGAUGGUUCCCAAGAAAAUUAUCAACUCUUGGGCAACUUUGGCGCGGGCGAAGAGUUGUACAAAUUGGAAAAAGAUGUAGCAGGUUAUGGACACAGCCUCAUAUUUUCACCAACGAGAGUUGAACAAAAGAACAGCAGUCCAAGUGUGAAACUUCCAAUAUUACUUGCAUGUGAAGGGGAUUUGAAUGAGUUGUAAUAGCUUGAAGUUUUUUAUAUUGGAACAUAAAAUACUUUGGAAUAUGAAAAUUUACAUUUUGAAGUU